AUGGCGGACACCACGAGGAACACUGCUACACAACCUCAAUCUCCCAAUGGUAGUAGAGACGGUGCCAACCCCGCCAUGGAGCCGUCGGUCGCUGAGAAAUCACUUGCCAAUGGCGCUGAGAUGUCCGGCUUGGACCCCGAGCCACAGACGGGAUCAGCCCAAGACUCGGACGCAGACCAGAAGCUUCAUCUCCCGCUGGUUCUCACCUUGGCGGGAGCCGCCUUUCUCAAUACCCUCGCCGUCCAGUCCACCGUGAUCAUCCUGCCCAGCAUCGGCCGUGACCUCGAUAUCCCAGCCGAGCGCCAGCAAUGGAUUAUUUCGGCCUACUAUCUCACAUUUGGUUGCUUUUUGCUGCUUUGGGGUAGGUUGGCAGACAUCUUUGGACGUCGCUCAGUCUUCCUCCUCGGAUCAGCAUGGCUCACUAUCGUGACUAUCGUGAUCCCGUUCGCGCCUAAUGAGAUAGUGAUCGACCUAUUUAGAGGCCUACAAGGCUUGGGAGCAGCGGCCAACGUUCCAACUGCGAUUGGAAUCCUCGGUGCAACCUUCAAGCCGGGUAAGUACAAGAACUAUGCAUUUGCAAUUUAUUCCGGCGGGUCAUCCUGUGGAUCAGUGCUGGGCAAUAUCUUCAGCGGUGUCAUUGCGCAAUAUGCCAGCUGGAAAUGGAUAUUCUGGGUGUCUGCAGUGCUCUGCGGGAUGGUCACAGUGGCCGGUUAUAUCUUGAUCCCGCCAUCUAAGGCUGAGACCUCCUCUCUGAGAAGUCUGGUGAUGAAUGUGGAUUGGGUCGGCGGAACGCUGGUAACGGGAGCGAUACUACUCCUGAAUUUCGCUCUCACAGAGGGCAACGUUGUGGGAUGGAAGGUGUUCUGGGUGCCGCUGCUGCUCGUGCUUUCCGUGGUCUUGUUGGCCGCGUUUGCCGGGUGGAUAUGGUAUCUCGAAAACAAGACCGAGAAGCCUCCUCUCUUACGGUUUUCUAUAUUCCACAACGGCCGUUUCAAUGCCGCCCAGGUCAUCAUGGCUGCUUUUUUCGCGGCAUUCAAUAACUACCUCGUCUAUGCGACGUACUUCUACCAGGAUUAUCUCGGAUACGGGCCCCUGGAAACGGCGAUCCGGUUCAUACCGACAGGCAUCAUGGGUUUCGUGGGAAACAUCAUUGCCGCGAAACUUCUUUCCCGGGUCCCGGGGUCAUACCUCUUAAUUUUCAGCUGCAGCUGCGUAGCAAUUUCCUGCCUCCUCAUGGCCGCCCCUAUCCCUCCAUCAACGAGCUACUGGGCAUACAGUUUCCCGGCCAUGGUAUUGUCCACAUUAGGAGCUGACAUUCUCCAUCCUACACUCAAUCUGUUCACAGUGCAGUGCUUACCACUAGAAGACCAGGCCCUGGGCGCGGCGGUCAUUACGGCUGGGUUGCAGGUGGGUAGGGCGAUUGGGAUCACGAUUGCAACCGUUGUACAAAUAUCGGUGCAACGGAGGGCUACGAGCCGUGGAGGUGAAUUACCGGCCUUACUUGACGGACUUCGUGCCAGUCAGUGGUUCAAUUUUGCGCUUGCCAUUGCUGCAUGCUCUGUAGUCCUGCUUUUCUUUAGGGGCAAGGAAAAGAUAGGUGCGAUUCACCGGUAG